AUGGACCCCCCGCCUGGUGAAUCCCAGCCGAGUGGAAAAAUCAGAAAAGGAUUCAAGCUGUUUGGCAAACGCAAGUCAGGUAACAUCUUUUCUAUUCGAAGCAAAGGGGAUGGAAACAACAAGUCACCUGUUAACAAGGGCAAAACCACAGAUGGAUUAUCAGACACUGCUGCACCAGAUAUGGAGCCAGAGUCUGACAAGGAAAAAAGACAUGAGGUGAGUCAAGGAGAGAAGGAGCAAGCAGAAGAGGAGCCGCUUGGUGAAGAUGGCGUUAUGGCUGCAGCAGCUGCUCGCGCCUCCAUUUCUUCGGCGAGCUCGGCCAAGUCCCUCAGCUUUCUGUCGUUACUGAGGGGUGGCCGGAGAGGAAUGGGGGACCGGCGGGUCCACACUGUGUCCCAGCCGGUGGGUCGGCAACGUCGUGGGCUGAAGGGUCUCUUUGGCACUGUUAAGUUCCGCUCAAAAGAUAAAGAGGACAAGGAGGAUGCCCCUCCGAGUCCACUUCUCAUGUUGUCCCGGGCCAACAGUGUGGAAAUCAUCAAGGAGGACCUCACCCUCACCCCCAAGAUCCAACCUCGAUCUCUGGACAGCCCCGAGAGCGACAGCUCCGAGCCCAUCACGAGCGCAACAACACCGGGCAGGGAAGUCCCCUCCUCGUCAGAGACCAUAACCCCCCAGGUGACAGCAGGGAAUCUGAAUAGAACUGAUGAAUUUGUCCCUCAACCACGCCUGGUACCCGGUGAUAACAGCCUGAGCUCCUUGCUGGCAGACAUCUCCUCUCUCCUGACCUUUGACUCUAUCUCAGGGGGUGGUGACUUCAUGGCUGAUGUGGAGGCAGAGUGGGGGAAAGCCAGCAAUGCCAUCAGUGCACCGGUGAGUGAAGUCACGCCAUCAUCUGCAUCUUUCUUCUCCAAACCCACCAUCUCUUCUCCGCUGACUUCUACCUCGGUCAGCACAGCUGCUACAGCAAAACCCUGUUUCCCAACAACAGCAUCGAGCCAACCCUUCAGUCCUCUGACAAAGACAGCUCCAUCCUCCUCACCCAUUGCCAAGCCGAGCACAAUCAUCACAACAUUGACCAAAUCUUCCACUCUGACGACUCCCUCAGCCAAACUGAGCUCGGAUUCUACUGCUGCCUCCAGCGUAGCGAUUAAAUCAACUGCUACACCCACCGCAACCGAACUUUCAAAGACUCCUGUCACGUUUACAAGUCGUUCAGGUCCAUCGAUGUCUUCCUCUUCAAUAACAAUUAAAUCCACACAGAGCUCCACCCCUGCUACACCCACAGCUCCUCUGAGCACCCCAGCUACUGUAGUCAAAGCUCCCUCAGCUAGUCCAAACCUUACCUCGACGGCCAGCAAAUUGGCUUCAGAACUUGCAGCACCAUCUGCACCCGAUUCAAUCCCUGUUUCUAUAUCUAAAGACCCUCCUUUGCCAUCUCAGACCUUUCAAUCGAAAGUCUUUCCUGCUCUUUCCCCUGCCCCUUACCCUGUUAGUCCUCUGCCCUCUGGCACUGCAACUUGGCAGAGUGAAGCCCCAAGCUCUGCUAAGAUGACAGGAAGUGGACAGGUAUCACCAGAUUGCCAACUGGUUAGUCCAAGUAGCACAGGUAUCCUGGGGGCCCAGACCAGGCCGUCCAAAACAGAAGAACUGCAUAGUGAGUCUAGAACAAACCUCCAGGGCCCUUCCAGAGAAAAGAAGAGCCCACAAGUGAAGGCAUUAGUACUCAGCAAAAUACCUGUAGUUGGAGGGGGCAGAGCAGGCAAGCUACCUGUGCGGGAAAGCCAACAUUUUGAUGACGAAGCAAGCAGAGACCCACCUACUCCAGAAUAUGAGAAACCCCACUUUAACUCACAUGAUGCAGCAAGAAGCAAAGAUAAAAUCAGUGAUAUUGAGGCGAAUGUUCCUGCCUUAAAACACACCCUAGAGGAGAAUCAGCAGCCUCCACAGCCAAAAGUUCCUACCAGUGUUCAACGUGACUCAAAGAUCCCCGUGAAGCACGGUGCAACUGCAUCCCAAAUCCCUCAAGCUAAAGAACCCCCUCGUUCCAAGAUACCCACGUCCAAGGUUCCUGUCCGCAGGGUUGGCAAUAAACCUGGGAAGAACAGCAGGAGCUCUAUAAAUAAAUGCAGCGACCAAAUUUACAUUCCACACCUAUCCCUGGAUGUUAUGUAG